AGAAAGCAAAGGUCAGAGAGAGAAAGGCUCGACUCAGCCAAGCCGCGCUCAAGAACUUUACUUUUUUUUCUCCUGCUCUUUCGUCUUUGUAAGCGGCAACACGUUUUAUUUAGGAACAAAGAAAGGCAAAAUUGUAGUCGACUAAGAAAGAGUCAAGGGUCCUACUAAAAAAAAAAAAAAGCCUGCGCGACGCGUUGUCAUAGCUACCGAUUAGCUUGGUUCCCGCCUCCAGCUGGCCUGGUAGAGAGGUUACUUCAUUCUUGUGAAAUUGUAAAUCUACCCCAGAGAGCAAGGAAAAGAAGUGAGGAAGAAUGGAAGGGGAUGAGCUGGAACCUGUGGUGUCCCCUUCAGAGAUUUUACAACCUGAGGUCACUAUGGUGGUGACAGGAGAGCCACCUGAAGCUGAGGAAGAAGAUCUAGAUUAUAAGGAAGAGGAAGAGAGCUCCUCAGAAGUCAUAGAGACACUGUCCCUUCUAGAUGUGCUGAGGGUGUCUGCAAUUAUGGAGGAUAUUAUUGACCAGCUCUCUAUUCUAGGCUACAUCAUUCCGGUUCAGUAUGAAAGAAGGCAGAGCCUCAGCCAGAAAGCCAGCCAUGAAGCUAUGGUUCCCAACACACCAAAAAUAUCUACUUCGUUUUUAACUAAAGAAAAAUCUUCAAUUAACCUGGUGACAGAAAACAAACAAAGAGGGCAGGAAAUCACCUUUAAAAAACCUACAAAGCAGACCACGAUGACGCUGGAGACGCUGAAGAAAAUUCAGAAUGACAGGCAAUAUUUCAGUGAUGUGAUUGCAAAUGCCAUGAUGGAGAUGCAAGAGUCUGGCUCUUUCUCCAGUCUCCUGGAAGCCUUGGGCAAAGAAAGAGGCAGCAAAAUGAACUUCCAUGAUGUCAUCACAAGGGAGGAAAAAGGAAGAAAACAGAUAAAAUCUCUUCAAAAACAGUUAAUUGAUGUCAAAAGGGAGCGUCAAAUGCAAGUACAGAACGGGAAUGAUUACAUUGCACACCUCAGGGAUCAGUUACAAGAGAUGAAGGCGAAAACCAACUUGGAGAAUCUUUAUAUGAAAAGAAAUACUGAGCUGCAGAUUGCCCAGACCCAGAAGAAAUGUAACCGGGCAGAAGAACUCUUGCUGGAGGAGAUUGAGAAACUGAGGAUGAAGACUGAAGAGGAGAACCGGGUUCACACGGAGAUUGAAAUGUUCCUUAAAAAUCAGCAGCAGAAACUUGAGGAGAAGCUAGAGUUCUGGAUGGAGAAAUUUGAUAAAGACACAGAAGCGAAGCAGAAUGAGUUAAAUGCUCUCAAGGCCGCCAAGGCCAGUGACCUAGCACACCUUCAAGACCUGGCAAAGAUGAUCCGGGAAUAUGAACAGGUCAUUAUUGAGGACCGGAUAGAAAAGGAGAAGACCAGGAAGAAGUUGGAGCAGGAUGACCUCGAACUGAGGAGCAUUGUGAAGCUCCAGGCCUGGUGGCGAGGCACAGUGGUCCGGAAGGAAAUCGGAAAUUUCAAAAUGCCCAAGAAAGACAAAGAUGACAGCAAAGACUCGAAAGGCAAGGAGAAGGAGAAGCGGAGAGGCAAGAAGUAAUGUGUCUGCUGUUCCUUCUCAGGCUUUGCUCGAGACACGUGUGAUGCUGCCACAGCACCCACCACCAGGCUCACAGAGACAUCUGGGAUUUUUCUUUGCCUGUUACUCUAGUUUCCAAACCCCAGUGAGGGCUAUCACAGGGCUGUAGGGCCUCCUCAGACCAGACUGUGGGGGGGCCAUGUUGAGUAGCUUUGUGAACAUUCUUAUUUUCUCUCACCAGAAAGCAGUUCAUUAGCUUAUAGUGAAGUAUUAAAAACUCCUGACACAUCUGAUUCUGACUUUAUGCCAUAUGAUUAAAGUGAGAAACUAUUAUAAGCAAAAGUGAAUUAUUCAGUGACAAGUAUAAGGUUAUCAUCACCUAGCAUCAUGUGCACGCACUAAAAAACGUUGGCUCUUGCCUGUCUCUCAGGGUGACUGUUAGUCUAGGGUUGGUGGUGUUGGCAGACAACACACAAUAUGUCUCUUACAUAAGCUGUUCCAGUGACUUUUCUGGGGACAGAUAGGGAUGGAAGUAGCUGAUACAAGACAGAAAUGGCAUGUAGAUACACAGUCUUCCAGUGGUAAAGACUGGGACAUGGCUUCUCCAGAAGGCUGGUUCAGAGAUUAUGUUUGUCAAGAGAGACACAACUAUGUCCAUCAUCUGGAUAUUAACACUUAAAAAAAACAAGACACAUGCAAACUUGCCCGUGUGGUAUACAGCAAAGCUAGCUGUUUGCAGUUCUCCCUUAAAACCAGUGAGCCCAUCAGGUCACUCUUGCCUCUGUUUCUGUGUAUGUGUGCAUGACAUGUGUUGGAGCACAUGCAGGGUUCAAAGGACCCCUUUGAGUCCGUUCUCCCCUUCCACCGGUUGUGGGUUCUCAGACACAAAUUCUGGGUGCCAGGCUCAUUCUGGAAUUCACAGUAUAGACCAUGCAGGCCUUGAAUUCAGAGAUCUGUUUGUCUCUGCCAUCCUGUGUGCUGGGAUUAAAACAAGCACCGCUAUGCCCAGUUUGUUUCUUUAAAAACAAACAAACAAACAAACACACAGUGUAUAUGUGGGCCCAGGCAUGAAAACAUGUAUAUAUAUACACACCACAGCUUGCAGGGGGUGGGGCCAGAGGACAGGUUCUAAGAAUUGUUUCCUUCUACCUUAUCUCUUUGUACUAUUUAGGUCCUGGAUAUCAAACUCACUAGGCUUAGGAUAUUAAGGCAUUUAGGAUAUCAGUCAUCAGGCUUGGCAGCAAGCCCCUAUGCCUGCUGAACCAUUGCAUUGGCCCUUAAUUGUUCCUCCUCCCUCCCCCCCACCCCCGAGAGAAAAGGUAUCUUAAUGUGUCUUACAUAUUUCAUGAGUAUGAAAUUUAAACUUUUAGAUGUAGGAUCUUAUGUAGCCCAGGUUGGUUUCAAAUUCACUAUGUAGUCUAGUGGCCUUGAACCUCGUGUUGUGCCUCCUAAGUGCUGGGAUUGCAGGAGUGAGUGACCAUACCCAGUUUAUGCAGUGUUGGGAAUGGAUCCCAGGACUUUACACAUGCUCGUAGAUGUUAGGAGCUGUGGUGAGCGUGACAGCAUUUGCCAUUACAAGAUGGCAUCCUGUGCUCCCACAAGUAAACAACUAACUGUGCAGGUGCAAAAGGCAAAAGCGCGCCAAGCCACUGCCCAUCCCGGGGCGUAAUAUGGGGUGAUGAGUGAACAGCCAAUCAGAAGUGAACACACCACUCUAGGGUACAUAUAGCAGUGCCUUUCCCGGGCUUGGGGUCUUCCGCUUCUGCUGAUAAAAGAAUAAAGCCUCGCUGUAGUAACUACCCG